AAUCAGUCACCUAGAUUGGCUACAACUAACUGGUUGGAAACGGGGAGGUCGCGGCGGCUGCGUGGGGUUCGCCCGUGAUACAAUUACAACUUUGGGCUGGUGCUGGCAAAGUUUGUGAUUUUAAGAAAUUCUGCUGUGCUCUCCUGCACUGCGAGCUUCUGCCUUCCCUGUAGUUUCCGAGAUGUGAUCCAGGUAGCCGAGUUCCGCUACGUGUGCUUCGGAUGGUUUCGGCUUUGCCUCAGGUUUUUUCCUUGCAGCCGCCGAGGAGGCGAUAAAAUUGGCGUCACAGUCUCAAGCAGCGAUUGAAGGCGUCUUUUCAACUACUCGAUUAAGGUUGGGUAUCGUCGUGGGACUUGGAAAUUUGUUACGUUUCCAUGAAAUCCUGCGGAGUGUCGCUCACUACUGCCGCUGUUGCCUUCGGUGAUGAGGCAAAGAAAAUGGCGGCAGGAAAAGCGAGCCGCGAGAGUGAAGAGGAGUCCCUUAGCCUGACAGUCGAGGAGAGGGAGGCGCUUGGUGGCAUGGACAGCCGUCUCUUCGGGUUCGUAAGGCUUCAUGAAGAUGGCGCCAGAACGAAGACCCUACUAGGCAAGGCUGUUCACUGCUACGAAUCUUUAAUCUUAAAAGCUGAAGGAAAAGUGGACUCUGACUUCUUCUGCCAAUUAGGUCACUUCAACCUCUUGUUGGAAGAUUAUUCAAAAGCAUUAUCUGCAUAUCAGAGAUAUUACAGUUUACAGGCUGACUACUGGAAGAAUGCUUCGUUUUUAUAUGGCCUUGGUUUGGUCUACUUCUACUACAAUGCAUUUCAUUGGGCAAUUAAAGCAUUCCAAGAUGUACUUUAUGUUGACCCCAGCUUUUGUCGAGCCAAGGAAAUUCAUUUACGACUUGGGCUCAUGUUCAAAGUGAACACAGACUACAAGUCUAGUUUAAAGCAUUUUCAGUUAGCCUUGAUUGACUGUAAUCCAUGUACUUUGUCCAGUGCUGAAAUUCAAUUUCAUAUUGCCCAUUUGUAUGAAACCCAGAGGAAGUAUCAUUCUGCAAAGGAAGCAUACGAACAACUUUUACAGAUGGAGAACCUUCCUGCACAAGUAAAAGCAACUGUAUUGCAACAGUUAGGUUGGAUGCAUCAUAAUAUGGAUCUAGUAGGAGACAACGCCACAAAGGAAAGCUUUGCUAUUCAGUAUCUCCAAAAGUCUUUAGAGGCAGAUCCUAAUUCUGGCCAAUCGUGGUAUUUUCUUGGAAGGUGUUAUUCAAGUAUUGGGAAAGUUCAGGAUGCCUUUAUAUCUUACAGGCAAUCUAUUGAUAAAUCAGAAGCAAGUGCAGAUACAUGGUGUUCAAUAGGUGUGUUGUAUCAGCAGCAAAAUCAGCCUAUGGAUGCUUUACAGGCAUAUAUUUGUGCUGUACAAUUGGACCAUGGGCAUGCAGCAGCCUGGAUGGACCUAGGUACUCUCUAUGAAUCCUGCAAUCAACCUCAAGAUGCCAUUAAAUGCUACCUAAAUGCAGCUAGAAGCAAACGUUGUAGUAAUACCUCUACACUUGCUGCAAGAAUUAAAUUUCUACAGGCUCAGUUGUGUAACCUUCCACAAAGUAGUCUACAGAAUAAAACUAAAUUACUUCCUAGUAUUGAGGAGGCAUGGAGCCUACCAAUCCCCGCAGAGCUUACCUCCAGGCAGGGUGCCAUGAACACAGCACAGCAGGCUUAUAGAGCUUAUGAUCCAAAUACUGAACCUGUAUUAAACCACAGUCAAACACCAAUUUUACAGCAAUGCUUGUCACUACACAUGAUUACUUCUAGCCAAGUAGAAGGCCUGUCCAGUCCUGCCAAGAAGAAAAGAACAUCUAGUCCAAUAAAGAAUGGUUCUGAUAGCUGGAAUGGUGGCCAGAGUCUUUCACAUCAUCCAGUACAGCAAGUUUAUUCAUUGUGUUUGACACCACAGAAAUUACAGCACUUGGAACAACUGCGUGCAAAUAGAGAUAAUUUAAAUCCAGCACAGAAGCAUCAGCUGGAACAGUUAGAAAGUCAGUUUGUCUUAAUGCAGCAAAUGAGACACAAAGAAGUUGCUCGGGUACGAACUACUGGAAUUCAUAAUGGUGCAAUAGCUGAUUCAUCACUGCCUACAAACUCUGUCUCUAAUCGACAACCACGUGCUGCUCUGACCAGAGUAUCUAGCGUCUCUCAGCCUGGAGUUCGCCCGGCUUGUGUUGAAAAACUUUUGUCCAAUGGAGCUUUUUCUGCAGGUUGUAUUCCUUGUGGCACAUCAAAAAUUCUAGGAAGUACAGACACUAUCUUGCUAGGCAGUAAUUGUAUAGCAGGAAGUGAAAGUAAUGGAAAUGUGCCUUACCUGCAGCAAAAUACACACACUCUACCUCAUAAUUAUACAGACCUGAACAGCAGCACAGAAGAGCCAUGGAGAAAACAGCUAUGUAACUCUGCUCAGGGGCUUCAUAAAAGUCAGAGUUCAUGUUUGUCAGGACCUAAUGAAGAACAACCUCUGUUUUCCACUGGGUCAGCCCAGUAUCACCAGGCAACUAGCACUGGUAUUAAGAAGUCGAAUGAACAUCUCACUCUGCCUAGUAAUUCAGUACCACAGAGGGAUGCUGACAGUCACCUCUCCUCUCAUACUGCUACCUCAGGUGGACAACAAGGCAUUAUUUUUACCAAAGAGAGCAAGUCUUCAAAAAAUAGAUCCUUGGUGCCUGAAACAAGCAGGCAUACUGGAGACACAUCUAAUGGCUGUGCUGAUGUCAAGGGACUUACUAAUCAUGUUCAUCAGUUGAUAGCAGAUGCCGUUUCCAGUCCUAACCAUGGAGAUUCACCAGAUUUAUUAAUUGCAGACAAUCCUCAGCUCUCUGCUUUGUUGAUUGGAAAAGCCAAUGACAAUGUGGGUACUGGAACCUGUGACAAAGUCAAUAGUAUUCACGUAGCUGUUCAUACAAAGACUGAUCAUUCUGUUGCCUCUUCACCCUCUUCAGCCAUUUCCACAGCAACACCUUCUCCUAAAUCCACUGAGCAGACAAGCAUAAACAGUGUUACUAGCCUUAACAGUCCUCACGGUGGAUUACACACAGUCAAUGGAGAGGGGCUGGAGAACUCACAGAGCUCUACAAAAGUAGACCUGCCUUUAGUUAGCCACAGAUCUACUUCUCAGAUCAUACCAUCAAUGUCAGUGUCUAUAUGCCCCAGUUCAACAGAAGUUCUGAAAGCAUGCAGGAAUCUAGGUAAAAAUGGCUUAUCUAGUAGCUGCAUUUUGUUAGAUAAAUGUCCACCUCCAAGACCACCAACUUCACCAUACCCACCCUUGCCAAAGGACAAGUUGAAUCCACCCACACCUAGUAUUUACUUGGAAAAUAAACGUGAUGCUUUCUUUCCUCCAUUACAUCAAUUUUGUACAAAUCCAAAAAACCCUGUUACAGUAAUACGUGGCCUUGCUGGAGCUCUUAAAUUAGAUCUUGGACUUUUCUCUACCAAAACUUUGGUAGAAGCUAACAAUGAACAUAUAGUAGAAGUGAGGACACAGUUGCUGCAACCAGCAGAUGAAAACUGGGAUCCCACUGGAACAAAGAAAAUCUGGCGUUGUGAAAGUAAUAGAUCUCAUACUACAAUUGCUAAAUAUGCACAAUACCAGGCUUCCUCCUUCCAGGAAUCAUUGAGAGAAGAAAAUGAGAAAAGAACACAACAUAAAGAUCAUUCAGAUAAUGAAUCCACAUCUUCAGAGAAUUCUGGAAGGAGAAGGAAAGGACCUUUUAAAACCAUAAAAUUUGGGACCAACAUUGACCUCUCUGAUAAUAAAAAGUGGAAGUUGCAGUUACAUGAACUGACUAAACUUCCUGCUUUUGCGCGUGUGGUGUCAGCAGGAAAUCUUCUAAGCCAUGUUGGGCAUACCAUUCUGGGCAUGAAUACAGUACAGCUGUAUAUGAAAGUUCCAGGGAGUCGGACACCAGGUCACCAAGAAAAUAACAACUUCUGCUCUGUUAACAUAAAUAUUGGUCCAGGAGAUUGUGAAUGGUUUGUUGUACCUGAAGAUUAUUGGGGUGUUCUGAAUGACUUCUGUGAAAAAAAUAAUUUGAAUUUUUUAAUGAGUUCUUGGUGGCCCAACCUUGAAGAUCUUUAUGAAGCAAAUGUUCCUGUGUAUAGAUUUAUUCAGCGACCUGGAGAUUUGGUCUGGAUAAAUGCAGGCACUGUGCAUUGGGUUCAAGCUGUUGGCUGGUGCAAUAACAUUGCCUGGAAUGUUGGUCCACUUACAGCCUGCCAGUAUAAGUUGGCAGUGGAACGGUACGAAUGGAACAAAUUGAAAAGUGUGAAGUCACCAGUACCCAUGGUGCAUCUUUCCUGGAAUAUGGCACGAAAUAUCAAAGUCUCAGAUCCAAAGCUUUUUGAAAUGAUUAAGUAUUGUCUUUUGAAAAUUCUGAAGCAAUGUCAGACAUUGAGAGAAGCUCUCGUUGCAGCAGGAAAAGAGAUCAUAUGGCAUGGGAGGACAAAUGAUGAACCGGCUCAUUACUGUAGCAUUUGUGAGAAAAAAAGCUAAUUGAUUGCCGAGACCAGCUUGGUCGGGGAGACCCUGACCCAGCUUACCAGAGGAAUUAAAGACACACACACAGAACUACAGAGAUGUGAAGUGGGAAAUCAGGGGCCUCACAGCCUUCAGAGCUGAAAGCCUUGAACAGAGAUUUACCCACGUAUUUACUAACAGCAAGCCAGUCAUUAGCAUUGUUUCUAUGGAUAUUAAAUUAACUAAAAGUAUCUCUUACUAAAAGUAUCAAUAAUGAUUCCAUAGGAAUUGUUGUGCAGCACCUCUGUCUGUUCUGCAGUGCAAUCGUCCUAAACAAGUACAUUCAUUAUUUCUGGCCAGGUUCUAUUUUGUUUACAAAUAACGUUUUUGAAGGCAGUAUGCCUCAAUUACAGGAGCACAUUUAUUAUGGUGAAUAGUGAGAUCAGAAAGCAUGUGUAACUGUAUCAUACAGUGAUUGCAUCCAGGCAUUAUUGCCAGCCAAGAUUGAUAAAUAUACCCAAUAAGUAUAAUUGUUCUCUGUGUCAGCCAUUAUUGAAGGAAUACUCAUGGCAGUGAUGAUAACCACUAUCAUAGCUACCAUUAAAUUACUCAUUGUGACUGGUUGUCCUGCUUUCCUCAGGUUUUCUUCUACCAUCUAUGACUGCUUCUUGAUCUGUCCCCAGGGGGUUGGCUGUGUUCAACAGGUGUUGCUCGUGACAGUUGUGGUGCUCCUCAGUGUCAGUCUCAACGUGGCUGCAACUGGGGGAUCCUCAGGAUCCUCCCGGAGUCUCUUCCUCGGCAUCUGGCUCAUGAUAAGGUUUCAGGUGUCUUGAUGGUAUCAAAAUUGGCUGUAAUUUUGGCCUGGAGAAACACAAGCAUAACCUCUACCCCAAGUUAUUAUUUUACCUAUUUCCCAACUUUUUAUAAUCGGAUCUCUCCACCAAAUCAAUUGUUCUGCUUCUGUCUUUACAGCUGGUUUCUGUAGAUGCUAUUCAGCUGCUGAUAACAUCUGGCCUUUGGGCAGGCUCAAAAAAUUUAAAGUUAAUAGUGCUAGAUUCAGUUGCAUCUGCGGGGUUCCAUAUUCUCUGUCUCCCCCUUCUGCUUUUGCAACUUCUGUUUUCGGGAGAGAUUCAUUCUUUCCACUAUGGCUUGUCCUUGAGAAUUCUAUGGGAUACUGUAUCCGGAAUUGGUGGGUUCUUGGUCUCACUGACUUCAAAAAUGAAGCCGCGUACCCUCGCGGUGAGUGUUACAGCUCUUAAGGUGGCGCGUCUGGAGUUGUUCAUUCUUCUGAUGUUCGGAUGUGUUCGGAGUUUCUUCCUUCUGGUGGGUUCGUGGUCUCACUGGCUGAGGAGUGAAGCUGCAGACCAUCAUGGUGAGUGUUACAGCUCUUAAGGCGGCACAUCUGGAGUUGUUCUUUCCUUCUGAUGUUCGGAUGUGUUCGGAGUUUCUUCCUUCUGGUGGGUUCGUGGUCUCGCUGGCUUGGGAGUGAAGCUGCAGGCCUUCAUGGUGAGUUUUACAGCCCUUAAGGUGGCGCGUCUGGAGUUAUUCGUUCCUUCUGGUGGGCUCGUGGUCUCGUGGUCUCACUGGCUUGAGGAGUGAAACUGCAGACCUUCGCGGUGAGUGUUACAGCUCAUAAAAGCAAUGUGGACCCAAAGAGUGAGCAGUAGCAAGUUUAACUGCAAAAAGCGAAAGAACAAAGCUUCCACAGUGUGGAAGGGGACCCUAGCAAGUUGCCGCUGCUGGCUCGGGCAGCCUGCUUUUAUUCUCUUAUCUGGCCCCACCACAUCCUGCUGAUUAGUAGAGCCGAGUGGUCUGUUCUGACAGGGCGCUGACUGGUGCGUUUACCAUUCCAGAGUUAGACAUAAAGGUUCUCCACGUCCCCAUCAGAUCAGUUAGAUACAGAGUAUCGACACAAAGGUUUUCCAAGGCCCCACCAGAGCAGCUAGAUACAGAGUGUUUAUUGGUGCACUCACAAACCUCGAGCUAGACACAGGGUGCUGAUUGGUGUGUUCACAAACCUUGAGCUAGAUACAGAGUGCUGAUUGGUGUAUUUACAAUCCCUGAGCUAGACAUAAAGGUUCUCCAAGGCCCCACCAGACUCAGAAGCCCAGCUGGCUUCACUUACUGGAUCCUGCACCAGGGCUGCAGGUGGAGCUGUCUGCCAGUCCCACUCCGUGCUCUCGCACUCCUCAGCCCUUGGGUGGUUGAUGGGACUGGGUGCCGUGGAGCAGGGCUGGCACUCAUCGGGGAGGCUUGGGCUGCACAGGAGCCCACGGAGGUGGGGGGAAGGCUCUGGCAUGGCGGGCUGCAGGUCCUGAGCCCCGUCCUGCAGGAAGGCAGCUAAGGCCCUGUGAGAAAUCGAGCGCAGCGCUGGUGGGCUGGCACUGCUGGGGGACCCAGUACACUCUCCGCAGCUGUUGGCCCGGGUGCUAAGCCCCUCAUUGCCCAGGGCCAGCAGGGCCGGCUGGCUGCUCUGAGUGCAGGGCCUGCCAAGCCCACGCCCACCCGGAACUCCAGCUGGCCCACAAGCACGCACGCAGCCCCGGUUCCCACUCGCACCUCUUCCUCUACGCUUCCCUGCAAGCUGAGGGAGUGGGCUCUGGCUUUCGCCAGCCCAGAAAGGUGCUCCCACAGUGCAGCAGUGGGCUGAAGAGCUCCUCAAGUGCUGCCAAAGUGGGAGCCCAGGCAGAGGAGGCACCGAGAGCAAGCGAGGGCCGUGAGGACUGCCAGCACACUGUCACCUCUCAAUACCAGUAAUGUGUUUAAUAUUCCACAUAGAGAAAAAUGUAGCUAGAGCUUGGCUAGUAUAGCCUGGGGCAUUAUCUGUGUUAAUAGAAGCUGCAAUGCCCGUCACCGCAAAACACUGCAAAAGACGUUUAACACAGGCAGAAGACUCUCCUGAUUGGCAUAUAGCCCAAAGUGAGAAAAGGUAUCCACACAUACAUGUACGUAAGCUAGCCUCCCAAACGAGGGAGCAUGUGUGACAUCCAUUUGCGAAAGAGAAUUAGGUUCCGGUCCUGAGGAUUAACUCCUCCUGUAAAAGAUGAAGAAUGUACCAUUUGGCAAGUUAGGCAUCGCUGGAUAAUAGCUUUAGCUUCUUUCCAGGUAAUGCUGUAUCUGCGUUUGAGACUAGAGGCAUUAACAUGGGUUAAAUUGUGAAAGUGUCUAGCAUUAGAUACUGCAUUAGCAACUAGGCGAUCAGCCAUUUCAUUCCCUUCAAAAGUCCUGGAAGAGGUGUGUGAGCCCUAAUGUGAGUGAUGUAAAAAGGGUGCAUUCUACUUCUAACUGCUGUUACACUUGAGGAAAUAGUCAUCAGUUGUUCAUCUGUAUGAAAUCGUAACUGAGCAUUUUCAGUUAACUGUGUGGAAUGAACAAUGUAUGAAGAAUCAGAAAUCACAUUAAUAGGCAUACCAAAGGAAGUCUGGCCGGGCGCGGUGGCUCACACUUGUAAUCCCAGCACUUUGGGAGGCCGAGGCGGGCAGAUCACGAGGUCAGGAGAUCGAGACUACGGUGAAACCCCGUCUCUACUAAAAAAUACAAAAAAUAGCCGGGCGUGGUGGUGGGCGCCUGUAGUCCCAGCUACUCGGAGAGGCUGAGGCAGGAGAAUGGCGUGAACCCCGGAGGCAGAGCUUGCAGUGAGCCAAGAUUGCUCUACUGCACUCCAGCCUGGGCGACAGAGCGAGACUCCGUCUCAAAAAAAAAAAAAAGCAGUCAAUACCUCAGUUACAGUUACAAGCUCCACUUUUUGUGCUGAAGUAUAGCGCGUCUGGAAAACUUUACCUUUUGAGCCAAAAUAAGAAGCUUUACCAUUACUAGACCCAUCUGUAAAAACAUUCUCAGCAUCUUCAAUUGGUUCAAAUUUAGUUAUUUUAGGGAGAAUCCAAUUAGUUAAUUUCAAAAACUGAAACAGCUUCAUUUUUAGGAAAAUGAUUAAUGAGAAUACCCACAAAGUCAGCUAAAUGGGUUUGCCAAGUAAGACUGUUUAUAAAAGCUUGCUGAAUUUUUGCCUUCGUGAGAGGCACAAUAAUUUUUCCAGGAUCAUAACCAUGUAAUUUAACAAUCGAAGUUCUCCCAAUCCCUAUUGUAGUAGCGAUUUGAUGUAAAUAAGGAGUUAGCAUCUGUGAAUUAGUGUGUGGAAGAAAAAGCCACUCUACUAAGUCCUGUUCUUGGACAGUAACACCAGUAGGUGAAUGCUGAGUUGAAAAAAAUUAGCAAAUCUAGAGUCUUCUUUGGAUCUAGUCUAUUUAUUUGAGCUUUAUUGACGUGCUUCUCAAUCAGUUGUAACUGUGUCUCAGCCUUCUUUGUUAAUUGCCGAGGGCUAGUGAGACUAGGAUUUCGUCUAAGGAUGGAAAACAGAUUACUCAUAGCAUAGGUAGGAAUCCCUAGAUCAGAUUAUAUCUAAUUAAUGUCCCCUAGUAAUUUUUGAAAGUUGUUUAAUGUUUUUAGUUGAUCCCUAUGUAUGGUUACUUUCUGUGGCACACUGGUAGUGUCAUUUACUAAGGUCCCCAAGUAGGAGUAAGUAGUAGUCUGAAUUUUGUCAGGAGCUAUAAUUAAGCCAGCACGAGAAAUCAAAUUUUGCAAGUGAUCUUAACAUUGGAGUAAUAUUUCUCGAGUGGGGGCAGCACAAAUUAUAUCAUCCAUAUAGUGAAUAAUGUAACACUGUGAAAAUUUUUUACGAGUAGGUUCAAUUGCUUGCCCUAAAUACUUCUGGGGCAAAUUGUUAGACUGUUUAACAUGCCUUGUGGCAACACUUUCCAGUGAUAACGCUUAGCAGGCUGCAGGUUGUUUACUGCAGGAAUUGUAAAUGCAAACCAUUCACAGUCUUGCUCAGCUAAAGGGAUAGUAAAGAAACAGUCUUUUAAGUCUAUGACUAUUAAAGGCCAAUUUUUUUGAAUUAUAGCAAGAGAAGGCAAUCCUGGCUGUAAUGCUCCCAUAGGUUGUAUAACUGAAUUGAUGGCUCUUAAGUCAGUUAACAUUCUCCAUUUACUUGAUUUUUUCCUAAUGACGAAAACUGGAGAAUUCCAAGGAGAAAAUGUUGGAGCUAUGUGUCCGUUUUUUAAUUGUUCAGUAACUAAUUUCUCUAAAGCCUCCAGUUUCUCUUUACUUAGCAGCCAUUAUUCUAUCCAAAUUGGCUUAUCUGUUAACCAUUUUAAAGAUAUCGGUUCUGGAAGCUUAACAAUGGCCACCAUCAAAAAUUAUUUCCUAAUCUUUAGCAAGAAUUUUGUCCUUCCACUUGAAGCAGUUCUUUCAAACCCUGCAAGUUUUCUUCUAGUCCCAUACCAGGGACAUACCUCAUUUUAUGCAUUGUAUGUUGACUUUGAGGGCUAUAUAAUUGUUCUGGAAUUAGAACUUGUGGUCCCCAUUGUUAUAAUAAAUCUCUUCCCCAUAAAUGUAUAGGUACAGAAGUUAUAAUUGGUUGAAUAGUCCCAGGUUGUCCAUCAGGCCCAUCACAAUGCAAAGUGUAACUGAUAUACUUCAGGGGCUUUACCAACUCCAACUAUGUUAAAUUGAGCGGUUUGAAUUGGCACGUGUAUGGCCAAUGCUGCAGAGAAAUGAUUGAAAUGUCCGCUCCUAUAUCUACCAAACCUUUAAAUUCUCUUCCCUGAAUAGUUAUUUUACAGGUAGGAUGUUUAUCAGUACUUUGAUUCACCAAAUAAGCUGCUUUGCCUUGUUUAUUUCUGCUUCCAAAUCCUCCAGUUCAUUUAAUUUCACUUUUUCCCAUUCCCACAUACAGCACAAUCAGGAGCUGUGCUAUGCGCUCUCCUGGCUCUGCUCUCUAGGGAACAGAAGUAGAUAUAACAAUUUGAAUUUCCCCUUAGUAAUAUGAAUCAAUGACUCCUGUAUGUAUUUGUUACCCCUUUUAAACCUAAACUAGACCUUCCUUAAAAGAAUCCUAUUAUCCUCAAUGGCAAGGGUCCACAGACUCAUGUUGGGACCUUUUGAGGGGGUUCCCUAGGCAGAAGGCUCACAGCUUUUGUGCAGCAUACAUCUACUGCGGUACUACCAGCUGUGGUGGGGGACAGAUGUUGUAUGGGGGUAAGGGAAUGGCCUGAGCUGGAAAUGCCCCAGUUUAGAACAGGGCCCAGGACGGGCCCCUCAUGGCGUUUCCCGAAAUCAGGUUCCCUUGUUUAUCAAACUUAGAGUGAGACUGAUUAGCCCAAUGCUUUCGUUUCAGGCUCAGCAGUUUUCUUUUUUCCCCUAUCUGGCGGCCUGACUCGCUGAUUUUUUCUACAUUCUUUUUUAGUGUGACCAUGCUUUCCACAGUUAAAACAAGCUCCAGGAAAUGGAGUAUUUCCUUUAUCCACUCUCAGUCCUGCCAUUGCCUGUGCCAACAAAGUAGCUUUAUGCAGAUUAUCUCCGAUACUGUCACAGGCCUUGAUAUAAUAACUAAAUGUGCUUUCCCUCUGAUAGGUCGCAGAGCAGCCUAGCAAUUGGGAUUAGCAUUGUCAAAAGGUAAUUACUGCAACACUAUAUCCUGAGCAGCCGAAUCUGCCAUCAUCUUUUUAAGAGACUCCUGUAACUGAGCUAUAAAAUCCUGUAACUGAGCUAUAAAAUCAACAUAUGGUUCUCUUGUUCCCUGUUAUAUAGCACUAAAGGAAGGGUAUUGUUCUCCACUUGAAGUGAUUUUUUCCCAAGCUCUAAUGUACACUCCUCUAAGCUGUUCUGUGGCAUCAUCCUGCAUGACUAGUUGUGCAUCUAAACCACCCCAACUGCCAAUCCCCAAAAGUUGGUCUACAGUUAUAUUGGUUUGAGGUUGGGCUUGGGCAUUGGGAGCAGCCUGAAUGGAAGCUUCAUCUGCCCACCAAGUUUUAAAUUUUAAGAACUGAGCAGGAGUUAGAGAAGCUCGAGUAAGAACGUCCCAGUCAGGAAUCAUCCUACUGAAAACAGCAACAUUGUUUAACAGUCCCAUUACAAAAGGAGAACCUGGUGCAUACUGAUUUAUAGCUUAUUUAAAUUCUUUGAGUAGUUUAAAAGGAAAAGGCUCAAAUGUAGCUAUAAUAUUUCCCUGUUGAUCUAGGGAGUGUAUUCUAACAGGGAACUGCCAAGCCUCUAUAUCACCCUCUCGUCUAGCUUGCUGAAUUCCCGCCUGAACAGAACUAAGAGAGGUCACUCGAGGCACUGCUCAAACAGUCACUGGGGCAACUACUUUUCACCCAGUGUCCUCUGGGAAAGAAAGAUCUGGAGGGUCUUUUUCUUCAAAAUAAUAGGGGGUGCAGAAGGGUAGGGAUGAACCUCACUUUCCUUUGCCACUUUAGCUUUAGCUGGUAAAUAAACAUGCUCUGUAACCCCUUCUGUUAUUUCACUAUACUCUCCUUCCUCGUCAUCAUCAGUGUGAAAAAGUUCCAAGGUGGAACGAACCACACCCCACACUUGUCCCAUUGUUACCCUGAUGCUUCCAAGUUCCCCUUCUUACUCACCAUGGGGAUUGCUUUAAGAGUACUUGGGUGUCCUCCAGCUAGUUUUCCAUUGCAACCGUCGCUCCAUCGUCCCUUCGACCUGGAUUCAAGCCCCCACAGAUGGGCGCCACUUGCCGAGACCAGCUCGAUCGGGGAGGCCCUAACCCAGCUUACGUAGAGGGAUUAAAGACACACACACAGAAAUACAGAGGGGUGAAGUGGGAAAUCAGGGGCCUCACAGCCUCCAGAGCUGCGAGCCCCAAACAGAUUUACCCGUAUAUUUAUUAACUGCAAGCCAGUCAUUAGCGUUGUUUCUAUAGAUACAAAAUUAACUAAAAGUAUACCUUAUGGGAAAUGAAGGGAUGGGCUGAAUUAAAGGAAUAGGUUGGGCUAGUUAACUGCAGCAGGAGCAUGUUCUUAAGUCACAGAUCACUCAUGCUAUUGUUUGUGACUUAAGAAUGGCUUUAAGUGGUUUUCCACCCUGGGUGGGCCAGGUGUUCCUUGCCCUCAUUCCCGUAAACCCACAACCUUCCAGCUUGGGCGUUAAUGGCCAUUAUGAACAUGUCACAGUGCUGCAGAGAUUCUGCUUAUAGGCAGUUUGGGAGCCAGUUUAUGGCCAGAUUUUGGGGGUCCUGCUCCCAACACUUGAUAAUUGGAUAGAGUGGAAAUAGAAAGCAAACGAGUCAGUGUGGACGCUAUUAGAAUGGUCUUAGGAGGUGUUAAUGAAAGUCCUAGACUAGAACAUAACCUUAAGAAUGUAAAAAAAAAACGGAGAUGUUUAAAAGUGUUUAUUAAGUUGUAAAAUUACCAGCACAGUUGAUCCAAUGUGGGAAUUAUGACAAGUAGAAGAACCCUAAAUUUGCUCCUAAACUUGCUAGAGUACUGUUACUCCUGUUGAUAGUAAUAGAGAGCUUCAUGAACUCUGGAAUUUUAACAGCUGUUUAAAGUGACUUAAGAUAAUAAGGAUUUGGCUUUUUUAACUGAAGAAAUCAAGCAGAAGUCUGAAGAUGCUUGACUAAGAAAAGUCUAAUCUAAAGCUUUAAAUGUGUAAUUCUGAGAUAAACUAAUUAAAUUCAUUGGCAAUUUUUAAAUUGCAUAAACUCACCAAUGUAUAUUAUUAUGAGCUCAAGUAGAUUCUAGUUAGGUGUUUCAACUCAUCAGUCUUUGUCUAUAAGAUGUACAUUUUUUCUCUUGUUACAUUAAUGUUCAUGAAUAUACUUUUGUUUGUACUUUUUUUUAAUAUAAGGCUUAAAACAACACUUUUUGUUAUUCACCUAUCAGUUUUGUUACCUUGAAAAAUAUCAGAUUAUGUGCAUAUUCUAAGAUUUUUUAUUGUAGUUUUAGCUUCGGUGAAGAUUAACCACAAUGAUGUGCCCUAGACAUCAAAAAUGAAUGACUGUGGAGCUGAGUCAUUCAGGGAACACAAUCCUUCAGACACAGAACAACUAUAAGUACUCUUACAGAAAAGUGAAAAGCAAAUAAUGGUCACUUUUGUCUGAUGGUGCACUGGUAUUUUGGUAAAAUAAAAAUACACUGACCUUUAUCAAACCUUGAAUUACACUUCAGUGAAUUAUCAUAAUGAGUAUUUAAUUUCUUUAAAGACAAUCUCUAAAUACCUAACACUAUCCUUUUCUCUGGGUGUGCUACAAAAGAAACCUGGUAUCUCAAACUCCCAACCACAGUCUUGUUUUUUUAAGUAUUUGGAUUUAACCAAAAAUCAUUGUCCAGUUCCAUGUGAAGUAGAAUCCCCAUGGUUAAAGUGCUAAAAUAAGUUCAGAUAUCACUGUCCAGUACUGUUUAUUUGUUUAUUUAUUUAAUAUAGGUGGAGGUUUUUAAUCUGCUUUUUGUCACUAAUGAAAGCAAUACUCAAAAAACCUACAUAGUACAUUGCCAAGAUUGUGCACGAAAAACAAGCAGAAGUUUGGAAAAUUUUGUGGUGCUCGAACAGUACAAAAUGGAGGACCUAAUCCAAGUUUAUGAUCAAUUUACACUAGUAAGUGAUCAACACGUGAGUACACUUAGGUGGGUUUAAAGCAAUGGCCUUUGACUUUGCUAACUAAUAAAUAUGUGUCAAGAAGAAACUUAAAUUUUGCAUUGGUGCAGUACAUACUUCAUAAAGAAAAAUAUUAGUAGCCUUCCUCAUAUUUCAUGUUAAUUUUUCUGUGUGAAACUGAUGUUUAUUACCAUUUUUGCUUAUCAGAAUGCCCCCAAAGAAUAAUUACACUAAUUACAUUUGUAAAUCUCUGUAUGUUUGUAGAAUAUUUUUUAGUUUUUAUGUUGCUUACAUAACUUAGAAAACCUUUGCACAUGUAGGUUGCUUAAUUUUUCUGUAGUAAUUAUCUGAAAGAAAUGGGUGGGUUUUUUCCAUGUACUUUGUGGUUUUAAAGAUUCCCAGAAGUGUUUGCCUGAUAGCACUACUGAUGGAAGUUGCUUGACUAGGUUAUAUGAUAUGUAAGACUCAUGAAAAAUAUGUUCAGUGUCAUCUAGCUGUGGCAUUUUCAUAAGCCAAUUGCUAGUGAAAUUUUAAUUAACUUUAAAAUUAUUUUUCCACACAACUUUUAGCAAUCUAAAAAAUUGGUUAACUUUUAACAGUAUUCCAAACGUUGUUCACUAAAUGAUGAAAAAUGGAGGUAAUAGCGCAGCACUCUUAAAGAACUGAUUCUAAUGGAGAAAGUAAGAGCAUCUCAACUGGGCGCAGUGGCUCACGCCUGUAAUCCCAGCACUUUGGGAGUCCAAAGCGGGCAGAUCACCUGAGGUCAGGAGUUCAAGACCAGCCUAACCAACAUGGAGAAACCCCAUCUCUACUACAAAUACAAAAUUGGCCAUGCAUGGUAGUGGAUGCUUAUAAUCCUAGCUACUUGGAGGCUGAGGCAGGAGAAUUGCUUGAACCCAAAAGGCAUUGGUUGCGGUGAGCCAAGAUCGCACCAUUGCACUCUAGUCUGGGCAACAAGAGCAAAACUCUGUCUCAAAAAGAAAAGAGCAUCUCUCUUAGGAAACUGUUGAGAUUUCAUGUGUCUUGUAAACUCACUUCAUAAAAAGGCUGUCUUUUAUAGUCAUGAGCUAGCAAACAGUAUUAAGGAUUUAUAUAACAAAAUCUUAACUUUUAU